GCUGAUUUGCAACCCGCCGAGGCAACAGUCGAGAAGGAGGAAAAAUGUCGCUGGCUUCGACACGGACCGUUCUAGGAUCAGUGUCCUUAUAGCAGGAAAAAAAACGACGAUUUCGAUUGAAACGAAAGAUAAUGAGCCUCAUACUCCUCUACAGCGACAGGGACGCGCUCUAACAAGUUGAGGGUGAGAGGUUUCACUUCACCGCAUCACUACGUUGGUCCUCCCCGAGGUGAACCUGAUCGUAUCAUUCGAGCCUCUGCAGCCUCUGCAGCCUCCUCGCUCCCAACACAAAGGCAGCACCCCGGCGAGGACAUGGACCCGUCCACCAGGGUUCUGGGUCUGGAUUCCCAGGGCAACAUGGUUUUCACUAUGGUGAAACCGGUCAUGGGCAUCUACCAGGUGUCUUCGGAGCAAACGGGCAGUGUCGGAGCACACGGGCUCCAGGGUCUGUCCGAAAACACCUUGAUCCUCCCCGAAGUGCAAGGCCAGGCGCCGCUGGACCAGAGCCAGACGGAGAUGCACAGCCUCCAGCCCAGUGUCCAGAUGCCCCAGAUGCAGAUUUCCGUCCCGGUGCAGACCGAGCUGGUGUCGCAGAUCCUGGACGCGCCACGGGACGCCGGCGCCGGCCCGGAGUCCGCAGCCCGCAUGCCUUUCGCCGAGGUGUCGUCACUGCUGGACCCCAACAUGAAAGGAUCCAAGGCGCGGAAAUACCUCAUCUCGUACGAGGAGAUCAAGCGGCGCCUGCAGGCCCCGGAGAAGAUGUCCCUGCGCUCGCUGGCGGCCUACACCCGGGUCAGCCGGGGCCCGGCCAGCAAGAAGACGCUCCUGGAGUCGCUCAACGUCCUCGGCCUCACGCCGAGCACGACCACCUCGGUGUCCUCCUCCUUCUCCAAACUCACCGAAGGCGACACCGGGGCCUUGUGUGACGACAUGAAGGACUUCGCCCACGACUACAUCGACUCCGGCAACAUGGCCAAACAGCUCAUCCCCGAGACCAACACGGUUCAACACUGGUCCAAAAUCAUCGAAACCAAGAACCACCUGGAGGACAUGAGGAGGUGCUUCAAGGACCCGGUGAACAGCGGGGCGUUCGACAACGUCACUCACGGCCUGGGUUUGGGGGCGCUGGACGUGGCGCUGGACAUGAUCGUAAUGGUCAUCGAGCAGCAGAUCCGGAUUCUCUCCGGGGCGGCGGCGUCGGACCCGGCCGACCCCGGCCCGCCGAUGCGCCGCAUCCGCAGGCGGCACCGCAAAGCCCGCUCGGGCGACAGCGAGAAGCCGCGCAAGGUGUCCGCGGGGGCCAAGGAUGCGGCGAGGGCCCCUUCCAAAGGCAAAGGGCGGGGCCGAUCCAGGAAGAAGAUGCGGCCGGAAGCUGGAGCUGCGGUUCCCAUGGAAACCCAAGCGGAACAAUGCAAGCCCGAUGACGUGGAGAAUAACGUCCUAACCCUGGUUUCUGUUGGAUAUGAGGCGGUUUCUUGUGAACUGAAUGCAGCCGGAACAGUGUGACACCUGGUCAUGUGACCGGUCCAAAAAAAAACAAAAAAACAAUUCAAAGGGAUUCUCAGCGAUGGGGGAAACGGACUGCACAAGCUGAGCUGCUGCAAAUAUGUAGCUGGAGGCAGCACACUAUUAGCUUAGCAUAAAGACUGGUAAGUGGGGAAUUGGGGAGGUGUCAACAGCUAGCAUAGCUCCGUCCAAUGGUACCAAGCUUCCAAAGGAACACCGUUAGUCUCAUAUGUUUAAUCUGCACAGAAAAAAGACAAUAAAACAUUGUUAUGAAGGAGA